UAACCUCUGCAUUUCUAGGUGCUGGAUGCAGACCGAGCUGUGCUGCAGAAGAUGAAGAAAGCUGCCAAAGCAGUGCACGGCUGUGGACAAGACCUCAUCAGCCACCUCGCAGCCCACAUCGCUGCCCAGGAGUUGUUCUCAGCCAACUACCAGCUGGAGGGAGAGGAGCAGCUGGCCAACGCCUUCAGCACCUUCGCAACCUUCUCCCAGGAGCUGCUGAUUGCUGUCAGGAGCCUGCUGCAGAGUUUGGACCACAACAUUAACUUUUCCCUGGAGUCCUUAAUAAAGGGAGACAUGAAAGAGCUCAAAGGGGAGUUCAAGAAGCCCCUUGAGAAGGCCUACAAAGACUAUGAGAGCAAACUCACAAAGAUAGAGAAGGAGAAGCGUGAACUGGCAAAGCAGCAUGGCAUGGUGCGGGGCGAGGUGAGCGGUGGGGAGAUCGCCGAGGAGAUGGAGAAGGAGCGCAGGACCUUCCAGUUAAACAUGUGUGAGUAUCUCAUCAAAGUGAAUGAGAUCAAAACCAAGAAAGGGAUCGAUCUCCUGCAGAACCACAUCAAGCACUGCAACUCACAGUUCAAUUUUUUCCAGGAAUGUUUAAACGCAACAGCAAAACUUAAGAAGUUUACAGAGGAGCUCAUCCCAGAGCUGCAGAGUCUGAAGGUCAGGCAAGACGAGGAGAAGAAGCAGCUGUGUGCCCUUCGGGAUCGGCUGAAGGCAGCAUUGCAGCUGGAGCAGAGGGAGCUUCUGCCAUCCCCCUCCUUGCAGGACACAGGGAGCAAGCAGGCAGGGUACAACAUGCACCAGCUGCAAGGGAACAAGCAGUACGGCACUGAGAAGACAGGGACCCUCUUUAAGAAGAGUGAUGGGUUAAGAAAAGUCUGGCAGAAGAGGAAAUGCAGUGUCAGCAAUGGCUACCUGACCAUCUCUCACAGCAUGCCCAACCGCCCACCAGCCAAGCUGAACCUACUGACCUGCCAGGUGAAGCCAAACAUGGAUGACAAGAAAUGCUUCGAUCUGGUUUCACACAACCGCACGUACCGCUUCCUGGCAGAGGACGAGCAGGACUGUUUUGUAUGGAUGUCUGUCCUCAGCAACAGCAAGGAGGAGGCACUGAAUGUGGCCUUCAGCAACGUGCAGGGUGGAGGAGAGAGCAGCAGGGAGGAGCUGACCCGGGCCAUUGUUGAGGAGGUCAGAAACAUGCCUGGGAACAGGGACUGCUGUGACUGCUCGGCCCCAGAUCCCACCUGGCUCUCCAUUAACUUUGGCAUCCUGAUCUGCAUUGAGUGCUCUGGGAUUCACAGAGAGAUGGGUGUACACAUCUCCCGCAUCCAGUCACUGUCUUUGGACAAGCUGGCAACCUCCGAAUUGCUGCUGGCAAGGAACAUUGGCAACGCUGGCUUCAAUGACAUCAUGGAAGCAAGCCUUCCCAGCUUCUCCCUGAAGCCCGUGGCACACAGUGACAUGGCCUUGAGGAAAGAAUUCAUCAUUUCCAAGUAUGUUGAGAAGAAAUAUGCCAAGAGGAGCCCUGCUGCUCAGUGCCCAAGCCUCCCAGAAGCUGUCAAGAGCAAGGACAUAUUUUCUUUGCUCCAAGCUUAUGCUGAGAAUGUGGAUUUAAGCAAGCCUGUGCAGGCACACCUGCAGGAACCUGGGGAGACCAUCCUUCACCUGGCAGUGCUGCUGUCUGAUCAAACCUCUUUGCAUAUUGUUGAUUUUCUUGUCCAGAACAGCAGGAGCCUGGAAAAGCAGACAACAGUGGGAAACACGCCGCUUCACUACUGCUGCUUUCACAACAAACCUGAGUGUCUCAAACUGCUGCUGAAGGCCAAAGCCAGUAUCACCAUCACUAACCAAGCAGGAGAGACAGCCCUGGACAUUGCCAAGAGGACAAGACAUCACCAGUGCGAAGAGCUGCUGCUGCAGGCCCAGAACAACCAAUUCAACCCGCAUGUCCACGUGGAGUAUGAGUGGUGGCUGGGCCAGGAUGACAUGUAUGAGAGUGACGACGAGCUGGAUGAGAAGCUGGGUUUUAUGAAGAGGGGAUCUGCCUGUCCACAGAGCUGCUGCCAGCCCCCUGCCACUGCCACCAGACCAGAAGCAGCAGGGGCAGUGCCCCAAGGGAGGCGGCCAGACACCUAUGCCCUGCCAUACACCCACCUCCGGAGCCUGGACGUGCCACCAGCCCCCUCCUACCCACCUCCCUUCCCUCCCCAUCGGGCAAAGUCAGCUCCUGAAAGGACACGUCCACUCCUGACCAGCACAUCUGUCUUUGCUGAGGACACAAGAACCAGGAGGAGCCCAUCCCUACCUCUGAGCAUCAAGCACAAGCGCACGUCCUCAGAUCCAGCUCCUUGGGUACCACUUAGCCCAGAGAAACCCAUCCUUGGCCUGGCUUCAGGUGCUCUGAUGGCCAUGGACUGCCUCUAUGCAUCUGUCUCCAGAAAAGCAGGACAACCUGGCCCACAUCAAUCCCUCCAGGAAUCAGAUCCAAGUUCUGGACAUGCCUCGGAUGUCCCACCUCCUCUUCCUCGGAGGGACAGCUUGAACAGGCUGCUGUUCCGCAGGGUCCGCGCUCUCUACGACUGCAGUGCUGACCGGGAAGAUGAGCUGACUUUCCGCGCAGGCGAGAUCAUCGUGGUGUCUGAAAAGGAGGACGACAACUGGUGGAAAGGCUGGAUUGAAGGGCAGCCCCACAGGCAAGGCGCCUUCCCUGCUUCCUUCGUUCACAUGCUCAACGAAUAGGAGCCGCUUCAAUUUGGGGAGGAAGAUCUCAUCAACUACUUGGAAUGUGAACCCCCCAAGCUCCCAUCUGUGUCGCUACUCCCAGCAUUGCCUCUCCUCCCCUGGGCCAGCAGUGCUGAGGCCCCAGAGCCCCACAUGCUGCAUGCUGAGCAGCCCUUGGGGCUCGGGUUCAGGGGUGAUGCCUGCUGGCUACCAGCAGAUGCACAACAGGCAAAAGAAGAGAAUGGAGCAAACUUCACCCUCCUUCGCUGUGCUCCGCCCUGAGUGUGCUGCCUGUCCUGAGUGCUCAGUGCUGAUGGUGCUGCGAUGUGCCGCUGCCUUGCAGCACUGUGUGGCUGUCAGUGGAGCUGUGCUGGUGUGCAGAGCCUUGGGACGUGGGCUUCUGCUGAGGACAGAGCACUGUGUGAGCCUGGACAGGCAAACACCUGGUGAAGCCAGCAGUGCUGAGUGCUUGUGCCAUCCCAGCUGCCUGCACCAGGUUUCACUGCUGGAGCUCUGGAAAACCUGCUCUAUGGCAGCUCAGAGCAUGGCUCCAGCAGCACCUGGCUCUAGGAGCAAUGCAGAGGUCCUCUGAGCCCAUUGCCAAUAAAUCCCAGUAUUUCAGUGCCCUCUGUUGUGCAGGGCUGUUCUGCUUUGGGUUUCCAUUUCCUUUCGCCAUUGAUGUUCUCCCUUCAGCAUCCAACCUUCUCAUGGGCACCAGAGUCGAGCAACUGACUUCCACUCAUGGUUCAGCUUACACAGCUUUUCUCCAUGUCCUGGCACAUCUCUCAGUCUUCAUCUCUCCUUCCUGAGCCAAAAUCCCGUCCCGGUGUCAUAAGGAAACCAGGUGCUGGAUGCACCAGGCUGUAGAAAGUGGAGGUUGAACCAUCCCAGCACAACUUGCAGGGUCAGGAGGGCAAGGCUGUGCCAGGCAGUUCCUCCCACCCUCAGUGUUAUCAGUCAAGUAGGAACUAACCUUUGUACAAGCCUUCUGUGCAUAUCCUUAGAUACAGCAAAUGUGUGCUUUUCCCUGGGUCAGGGUGACCAUCCUUGAAACUGUUAAGGAACUCCCAGUCACUCUGUGAUGACUAAACCUGCCUUUGAAGACCGGAGCACCUUGAGGAAAGGUAGUUAAUAUCUAGCUAGCCUGCAGGAAGAGAGAUUAGCCCUAUCUUUAACUGCCCAGUUGUAGGCUGGGGGCUGUAUGAGGGUAGUGGUCAAGUGAUAAAAAUAUGCAUUAAAAAGUGUCAUGAAAUGUUGGAAUGUGCUAGCUUUGUGGGAGACCAGCCAGCACCCAGACUUCUGCAACCUUGUAAUAAAUCCAUAUCUCUGUGAGUGAGAUCGGCUCACUGCGUGGCACUGAGGAAUCCACCUUUUGUAGAACAGUUCUCUGGUGACCCAGUGGGACAGCCUUGCCCAGAUCCACUUGCUGCAACUGGUGAGGAGUGGGGGACCGGUCAGACUCCAGUGCACACCACUGGUCUUUUGGCUGAGGACUCCAUUGGGUUCUCAUGUCUGCUUGGGUGGUGACGCUAAGCAUAAUGCUUCAGAGAUGCUUGAGAUAUUGACUUGAUGGUGUCAGGGGAGAAUAAGAGGCUUUAAUUUGUUGAUUUUGAUUGUUUCGGUUGAUGACCAGCCAGCAUUUGGUGUUUGGUCGUACAUGUGGGUGCCUAAGAGAAGAGUGUAUUGGGAAAAAUCCUUUGUUGGAAGUAUGGGGGCCGUUCCUCCUCUGAGAUUCUCCCUCGAUCGCCUCUGGGAUGCAUCCUAAAACACUGGGAUAUGUUUGGUGGGUAUCCGCUGACUAUGAAAAACUGAAACAUUAUUGUAUGUUUAAAUUGGAGGAUGGGAGAAAAGUAGCCGGAAAUGGGAAUUUUGAAUU